UCAGUGGUUUCUUGACAAAAGAAAAUGGCAUGCUUGAUUUUAUUUGGUCGUCGUACGACACGAUGUCAAUUUGUAGUUAGCUUCAAGCUAGCAGUUGGAUGGAGUGACGGCUCCUGUCUCCUCUGUUGAGCUUUUUGCUAAUGCUAACGGCUAAAAAUCGAGCUAACGAUAAUAGUAACUUAAGGAAAUACGGUGUAUAUGUACAUGACACAUUUCUCGCCUCGUCUUUACACUGAUGCUACACCUGAUUUGUCUCUAUUCCAUCAGUUGGUCUUGUUGUCUAUCCAUUAAUUGUUUUGCAGCAGCCUAGCAGAGCUGAUGGGUAACUUAGCGCCAUUAGCUCGCUGGAGAGCUAAUGUUAGCCUUGUUUUGUCAAACCAGCUGGCUGAGAAUAUGACCCAGAUGCAACAAUGACAUCCAGAUUCGGUAAAACCUACAGCCGCAAGGGAGGAGAGGGCACGUCCAAGUUUGACGAGGUUCUGUCCACCAAGAGAGGCACCCUCAGUACCAAAUGGGGUGACACCACCUACAAGGCCAAGGUGGGCUCUAAGCGUGUCGGUGCUCCCAAAAAUGACUCUGUCCUGGGGGCUUACAAGAGGCCCCGUUCGUCCGGCGAUGGCUUGGAGGAUCCUUUUGGAUUUGACAGUGAUGAGGAAUCCAAGCCGGUGUCAUCUCGUGGUGGCAGCAAGCCUUCACCCGCCAAGCCAGCCUCGGCAGAGCCUCCCCAGGCAGAAAGGCCGGGUGUUUCUUUGGACACGGGGAGCAGGUCCAGUCUCCAGGGAGGGUCCAGUACCUUGGCGCCUGCUAGAGGGGUGUCAUGGCUGGCCAGUGACGGGAACCAGCCCAGGGUGCUGGAGGAUACAGCUCGGUUCUUCAACAGCAGUGCUAGUAUAGGAAAGUCCCAGCAAAGUUCUUUGUCAGAGAACCAGCACAGCUACUCGUGGUACCAAAAUGCUUCUGAGAGUGAUAAGAAGCCCCUGGCACAAACCACCACUCUGAAGACAGGGUCCAAGGCAGAGUCCGCCUACGACUCAUGGGAUGCCAUCAUGGGUCUCCGUCCGCCCUCGCCCAGCCAGGAACCUCGCAACCCUGCCCCCACGCUCUCUUGGGCUUCAGCUGGCGACUGUGACCUCAGACAGACCCGGCAGGAGAAGCCCCCCUCUCCUCCACGGCUGCAGAGUCUUAGUGAGAGCGAUGACAUAGGGGGAGACUCAGACUUCCUUGUCGAGACGUCAGACUACUCCCAGACGUCCUCUUCUUCAUCACUUGUGAGAAACUCUAACUGUCGGACAUACAGGAGGCCGAACAAACAGGGCAAAGCAGCGGACUCCAGUGGCUUUGCCAGCACUGUUUUUGGAACAGAUCCUCCCUCAUCUGAUGGCAGUAAUAAGACAGGUGGUAGAGGAGGACGGGGCAGGACGAGGGACUAUACAGUGCUCCACCCCUCAUCCAUGUCAAUGUGUAACGUCACCAUCCAGGACCGAGGAGUGGAGGAGUUUAGUACUGAUGCAGCACCCUCUAGUGGCAGCAGCAGUGCUGGAUCUGGCAGUACGGCGGAGCCGGGAGAGGCAGGAUGGCAGCGGAAGAAGACAGAACAACAAAACACAAGGUUCAGGCAGACGCAGACCAAGUCAAAGAAGCACAGUAAGCUGGAGCUGUUUGGUUUUGAAGAGGCUGACACCCUUCAGGAGGACAGCAGUGCUGACCACACGGACGGCGGGUCCAGUUACAAGAUCAAAUACUUUGGCUUCGAUGACAUGAGCGACAGCGACGGCGCAGACGACGAUGACAACGGCGGCUCCAAAGAGAGGAGGAGGGCCAAGAAGCCUGCAGUCGCCAAGGAGACGCCGGUGGUUACUGUGGAAGAAACACAGGAUGAUGACCCACCGGAUCCCUUCGAAAGGCUGGAGAUUCGGGAAAGACCGGCGGUCAAGGAGAACAAGAACAACUCUGAGAGGCAGGAAAAGAGGAUACGAGCAGACGUCGUGGACUUCUCAGAGGACGGACUCAGAGUGGUGGCCGGGGCUCCCAGGAGGCCGCCUCAGGGCAAACCAGCCGAGAAGAACCCGGACAACUUCCGGAGGAUCUUCAGCGCACACAAGAAGUCUCCCACCAAAGCUGUGUACAACGCCAGGCACUGGACGUUGGAGAGUGAAGAGGAGCCCCCUCCACCUUUCUUCUCACGGUCACAAUCAACAACUGCACCAGUCUCUGCCGGAGGGUCCAGUAAGGAGUCUUCCGAUGCUCAGAAGGAUGAAGGUGUCUUUAAGGCUCCUCCCCCUCCUCCCAAGGUCACCAAGUGUGUCACCGUCCCCACAGAUCUCUACCAGGACCCUGUGACCGCACUCAAGUGCCGCAAGGAGCACAAAGAGCUGUAUACAGUCGUGCAGCACGUGAAGCACUUCAAUGAUGUGGUGGAGUUUGGAGAGAACCAGGAGUUUACCGAUGACUUUGAAUAUCUGGCAACUGGUUUGAAGAGUGGACAACCUCUCAAUACACGCUGCCUUAGUGUGAUCAGCCUGGCCACGCGCUGUGCAAUGCCCAGCUUCAGGAUGCACCUCAGGGCCAGAGGGAAGGUGGCUCAGGUCUUCAAAACACUGAACGACGCCCCGCAGCACCCGAAUCUGGCUCUGUGUACGGCGUCCCUGAUGUACAUCCUCAGCAGAGACCGGUUGAACAUGGAUCUGGACCGGUCCUGUCUGGACCUGAUGAUCCGGCUGCUGGAGCUGGACCAGGACCAGGGUGGCGGGGCCGGAAUAGACACCACCCCUCAGUUUAGUGCAAGGGAAAUUGCCAAGAUGAAGGAGAAGAUCAGGAAGCUCUGCGACACCGUGCAUAACAAGCACCUGGACCUCCAGAACAUAACGACGGGUCAUUUAGCCAUGGAGACAUUGCUGUCUCUGACUUCAAAGCGAGCAGGAGACUGGUUCAAAGAGGAGCUGCGGCUACUGGGAGGACUGGACCACAUAGUAGAUAAAGUGAAGGAAUGUGUUGAUAACUUGAACCAGGAGGAUGACAAGGAGAAGCUUGUGUCGUCCCUGUGGGGAGCUGAGAGGUGUUUACGGGUGUUGGAGAGUGUGACAGUCCACAACCCAGAGAACCAGAGCUACUUGAUUGCCUACAAAGACUCAUCACUCAUCAUCUCCUCUGCAAAGGCGUUGAGCAGGUGUGAGGAGAUGAUCCAGCGUUACAGCAGGGAGCUGAACUCAGACCGAGCUGCGGUGGCGAAGGCGGUGGAGGACGGCAUGAGGGCCGUCAUCGGAGUCCUGCUCAACCUGACGCAUGACAACGAGUGGGGCAGUACGAAGACAGGAGAACAAAAGGAUUUAAUCGCUACAGCUCUGAACUGUGUUCUCAAAGUCCCUCAGUAUCUUCCACAGGAGCGGAGGUUUGACAUCAGAGUACUGGGUCUGGGCCUGCUCAUCAACCUGGUGGAGUACAGUGCCAGGAACAAGUACUGUCUGAUGGAGAUGGAGAUGGAGGGAGGUCAGGGUCCCUGCGACUCCACCGUCCUGCUGAGCCCUCAGCACCAGGACAUCACCAGCACCGGCCCGCUGAGCGCCAUCGCCGCGCUCGUCCAGCUCUUCCUGCAGCGGGAGCGGGCCGCCGUCCUGGCUGAGGCGCAGACGGAUGACCUCAUCAAGGAAGCGCCGAAGCCAACGCUGGACCAGAGCGGGGAGUGGCAGGAGACGGGCGGGGAGAUCCAGUGGGUCGCCAACGACAACAACAACGACUCCGACAGACAGGAUGACGGCAAGAAGAACGCGAAGGACGAGGAGGACGAGGAGCUGGACCUCAACAAAGCUCUGCAGCAUGCAGGGAAGCACAUGGAGGACAGCAUCGUGGCCUCCUACACAGCACUGCUGCUGGGCUGCCUGUGUCAGGGGAGCCCGUUGAAUGUGACUACUGUGAGGGAGAACCUGCCAAAAGGAGAUUUCUCCAUCAUGACAGAAAUGCUGAAAAAGUUCCUCAACUUCAUGAACCUCACUUGUGACGUCGGCACCGCAGGACAGAAGUCCAUCUCCCGGAUCAUCGACUAUCUGGAGCACUGCUAGAGAGAAGCCUGUGUGUGUCCUCCACACACACACACACACACACACACACACACACACACACACACACACUCUCACCCCACAACCACAACCGUCACCUUCAUCUUUGCCAGUCAUCACUGUCUCAGAUUCAUUUAGCUGCUGGAAACAGGCGCAUUUCUUUCUUCUAACACACACACACACACACACACACACACACACACACACACACACAGCAUUAUCUUCCUCUGUGUCAUGAAGGAAUUUCUGCUGUAUAUUUUAAGGUUUCAGCAGCUGAAACUCUUGUUUUUUUUUUUUUUUUUUUUCUCCUAAAUUGACUUGAGAUUAACUGAAUUAUGGCCUAGCGAGGUAACGCACCCCCACUGCAGCUAUACAGAUUUUAUUUUACUUUCCCUAAAGAUAAAGUCGGUAUUUUUUUUUUUUUUCAUUCUAUUUAUAAAAGUUGCUCACUGUGAUGAUUUUUUUCUUGCUUUUGAUGGAUUUCCUUUCAAAGUUUCCUCACAGUUGAGCUCCUCUCUGACCCCCCCGCCCCUUCGUGAAUCGACCAAACCUUCGUAUCGAUUGGCGGCAGAUUGGAGCGAAGCUGCCGUUUUUCUCCCGCCUGUCAUCAAAGCUUCGCAGCCCUCAGCUCCUCCUCUGGAGCUGAUAAUCGCCAAAACAAGUCGAGUGGUUGGGAGAAAAAACAGCUUCUUUGCUUCUUGCUGCUUUGACCUCUCGGCUCCGUCCGAUUGAGGCCGUUUGGAAUCUUCUCUGGCCGAAGAGCACAGUGAUGACAAGCCGAGACCCUGAAUUGCAGGCUUUUGUGAGGUUAAGGUGGUAUUUUAAGGUGCCUGUAAACGUCUGCAUGAGGUCUGUUUUUAGGUGUUUUGUCAUCUGUACAACCAGAAAUUUUCUCUCUCUGGAAGCAAGAGCCUUUCUCCCCUCUUCAACCUCCACAGCAGGCUGGCUGAUUUCAGAUCGAUUGAUUUUUGUGCUCUUGUUGAAACAGGUGUUUCUCCCAGCAUGCCGAGCGCGCUCAACGCACCUGAGACUGAAACUCAAUGAGCUUCGAGGUUGUUCAGAUUCUAAGAACUUUGAACGACUGCCCAAAAGUAGAAACUUUUUCCUUUCGAACAAUCGAUCGCCCUCUCAUUCAGCAUCAAAGCUCCGUGUCUCUGCAGGACCCGAGCCCUCUGGACCAGAACCUGUCCUCCUUCAGGUUUUUUCAAUUUACCGCCCGCGCGUCCGCUCGCCACUCGGAGAACAGCCAUCAAUUACAGUACAAAGGCAGCUGAGAUGGGCCAGCCGAGAGGUGAGGAGGGCAGAGCGCCUGUCCAGCUGAUUAUUUCUUCUUCUUUUUCGUUUGUUUUUGGACUUCAAGCUGUAGCUGUUAAAUCCAUAAGUUCACAGUCUGGACUUAAACUUUAUGGAAUCCUCUGAUGGCAGAAAGCCGCUUUUCUCUCAAGAGCUGUGUUUUACAUUUUGCUGGGCCUGUUGUACCCAGAAUGCAUUUCAGCAGAGCUGGGAGGAAGGUGAAGGUGCGGGAAGCUGGGACGAUUGGGCAGUUUCCUUUCCGCUGGGUUUUUUGCUGCAUGACGGUCGUCGAUCAGUCCAAAACGUGGACUCAAAGAGCAGAUUAGGACCAUUAGGUAAACACAAGAGGGGAGGAUCAUGGAGGAGGUGACAUUCAGAGGAAAAAGAUCUUUUUUUUUGUUAUUUUAUUAUUAAAUUACAACUUUAAAAAACGUUUUUUGUUUUUUGUUUUUUUAUCCCCGUCCCCGGCUUUGUAAUUUUUACAAAUUUAUUUUUUAAUGUUUUCCACGAACUGUGCGUUACUUUCUCCCGCCUCAGUUAACGUUACGUCAGAGUUGUGGAGUCAAAAGGCUGCAGACUGGCUACAGCGCUGUCAUCUAGCUGUCAGGGCUUUAAACACAACACAGAAUGAACCACAUGUGUCCAUGAGCCUUAUUAAAAAUACAUAUUGUUGAUCGAUUU